AUGUCGUGGUCGUGGUUCAAGGAGGUAGUUGUGACCCUGCUGGAGUUGGUUCUCGCCGUCGGAGAGGUGAUUUCGCAGUGGUUGUGCGGUUGGAUCCCGGUCCUGCUGGUGGCUGACCUUCUUGGUCACACCUCCGCCGUUCUGCUCUUUCUUCUCGGAGAUGUCAUCAUGCCCUUCCACUCCACGCCUGGCCCUCUCUUCGUCGUCUCUCGCCAUGACAACAACGUCGCUCUUGCCCUCCUGGGUGUUUUUGCUUUCGUCUUCGUCAUGACCGUCGGCCCGCUCGCCCAGAUGUGGACUUGCUCCUACAAGAUGCAACGACGAGGCUACCGCCCGCCCGCCGCCGCCGUCGGUGGCCUUAAGGCCGUGAUGCAAGCGAACGCCAGCCCAGGUGUCUCUGCCCGCUACAUCGCCCAAGGCUUCCGUCCCAAUCGGUGCACCAAGUGUGUACCAAGCCUUCGGGAACUCGAGGAGGGCGUCGCCAACAUCCUGCAUGGCGACCGUAUGUAUCAUUGCGUGACCGAAUCCGGCAAGGACGUUGGAUGCAUUCCCGUCCUGGAUCAUCAUUGUUGGUGGCUGUGGGUGCCGGUUUCCUUGCCCACGAUCAAGUCCUACCUCAUCUUUAUGGUGUGGUUGGUCAUAUUUCAGACGGUCUCGCUCGGAAUCUUGGCUUGGCCUUUGGCCAUUUGGAGCUGGCAGGCAAACGCCUGGCUAUACGUCUUCAUCGCCGCCUGUUUUCCCCACAUGCUGGUGCUGGUCCUCGCCGCCCCCAUCAGAAAACAGUGGAGACGUUUGGCCUGCAUGGACUCGCCCGGCAAGGAGUACACGCUGUACAUCCGCCAUCGACGGACGCCCGCCUUCCCAAUGUAUGUCAAGCGGUCCGACGGGACAUACAUCCACAAGGUCAUCGGCUACAAUCCCUGGGAUAAGGGAACAGCGCUCAACCUCCGUUCGGUUCUGGGCGAAAGCGUUUGGGCAUGGCCCGUGUGGUUCCUGCUGCCCCGCCGGGUUCGUGAAUACGGCACGGGAGAGGAGGAUCUGCCGCUCUCUUCCCGGUUCCACCAAGACAUCCAGGACACGCAAGCGUCAGUAGGGUUCACCUUCGCCAUGGCAGAUAUCCCGCUGCAGACGCUCCCGGCUCGCCAGCGACGCGGCUUCUCUUCGGAGAACUAA